UCACGCCUGGCCUCCGGCGCUCGAGGACCGGAGGAUUUUGACGAAGUGGCGACUCUCUGACUAACCCUAGCCUAGCCCAGCCCAGGGAGCGAGCGGGGAGGCGGCCGGAGCCGGAGCCGGAGCCGGAGAUGGAGGUGGUGGCGCUGGUGAGCGGCGGCAAGGACAGCUGCUUCUCCAUGAUGCGCUGCCUCGACUACGGCCACAAGGUCGUCGCCCUGGCCAACCUCGUCCCCCUCGACGACGCCGUCGAUGAGCUCGACAGCUACAUGUACCAGACCGUCGGGCACCAGAUCGUCGUCUGCUACGCCAAAUGCAUGGGGCUGCCCCUGUUCCGCCGACGCAUCACCGGAUCCACGAGGGACCACGCUCUUAAGUACAGUGUUACUGCGGGCGAUGAGGUGGAGGACAUGUUCGCCCUGUUGAGCGAGGUGAAGCGGCGAAUCCCGUCCAUUGGCGCCGUGUCUUCGGGCGCCAUCGCCUCCGAUUACCAGAGGCUCCGGGUCGAGAGCGUCUGCUCGAGGCUGGGCCUGGUCUCGCUGGCUUACAUGUGGAGGCAGGAUCAGACUCUGCUUCUUGAAGAAAUGAUAAGAAGGGGCAUCGUGGCUAUAACAGUCAAGGUGGCUGCAAUGGGGUUGAAACCUUCUGUCCACUUGGGGAAAGAACUGUCUGAACUGAAGAGCCAUCUGCUUCAAAUGAAUGAGAGUUUUGGAAUCAAUGUCUGUGGUGAAGGUGGAGAGUACGAAACACUAACUCUUGACUGCCCUCUAUUUCGUAAUGCAAGGAUUGUCCUUGAUGAUUUUGAAGUGAUACUCCACUCUGCUGAUUCCAUUGCUUCAGUCGGAAUUCUUCAUCCGCUGGCAUUUCAUGUUGAGCCCAAGCCAGGUUCAUCUAGCAGCAUUGGGGAUGGUGCCAUUGCUGAAGAGAAUUCUAGUUGCUUGUACGAAGUAAAUGGAGCUAUUGCACACACUGAUGCGGGAAACAAACAGACCUUGAAUCCAACACCAACCUCUGAUGCUUACCCAGAUACAAAUGUAUGCAUUUCAAAGACAGGGAAGACUUUGUUUUCCAUUGGUUGUUGGAUAGAAGAACCCUCUAGUGCUUCGCAAGGCAUGAAGGCAGAUCUAGUCAAAGUUUUGAGCAGAAUUGAGAAUCAGCUCAAGGAUGGAGGGUUAAGUUGGGCAAAUGUUCUAUAUGUUCACCUCUACAUUUCAAGCAUGAAGGAAUUUGGAUUAGCCAAUGAAGUUUAUGUCAGCUUCAUCACAGAAAAGAAAUGUCACCUUGGUGUUCCUUCGCGCAGUACAAUUGAAUUACCACUUGUUCAGGCUGGUUUAGGCCAUGCAUAUGUGGAGGUUCUAGUUGCAAAUGAUCUGGUCAAAAGAGUUCUGCAUGUACAAAGCAUCUCAUGCUGGGCCCCUAGUUGCAUCGGACCUUAUAGCCAGGCAACACUCUAUGGAGAGAUACUGUAUAUGGCUGGUCAGCUCGGGCUUGACCCCCCUACGAUGAAGCUCUGUCCUGGAGGUGCAACAGCUCAACUGGAACUAGCACUGCGAAAUAGUGAAGCUGUUGCUAAUGCCUUCAAGAGCUCCAUCUUCUCUUCAGCAAUACACUUUUUGGUGUACUGCUCUGCCCACCUGACAUCCACUGAGAAGGAAGCAGUUGAACAAAAACUGCAGCAUUCGUAUAUUGCUCAUUUGGAUUCCACAAGAACUGGAUCGUAUCCUACUAUUCUAUAUGUGCUAGCACCGGAUCUUCCAAAAGGAGCAUGUGUGGAGAUAAAACCAACAUUGUACGUCCCGGCUGAUGACUACAACGACGGUGAUGACGAUGAAGAUAUUACCAGAAAGCCGGAGGCCGGAGGGUCAAAGCCAUCAUCAAGCAAAGUCCCGAGUGAGUGGAGCCCACAAUACUCUGGCUUGCACGACUCAUGCUGCCUGGUCAACACGGUUGCUGGGAAGAUUUGCUCUGCUGUGGUUUCAGUCACGAAUGACAUCGCGUCAAAGAUCUGUUCCAGCACCGGACAAUCACACCUCUCAAAGGAGCAUUUGAAAGCCAUGGCCAGAUUCUGCGCUUUCCAGCUCGCAAGGACCCUGGCAGACAACGGCUUCACCUGGGACGACGUAACGAUGCUGAGGUUCUACUAUUCGGUGAAGCACGCGGUGGCAGCGGACGUGAUGUCCCGUGCGUUCUCCAAGGCAUUCACCGAGCUCGGAGGAGCCGACGGUUCCCUGAGAACCGACGGGGCGCCCGUCUUCAACCUCAUCCCGGUCUCAGGGUCCGGUCGCUCCGCGUCGAUGGAUGACGUUGUCACGUGCGAGCUGCUAGCUUCCAAGGCUUAGGCCAAGAAGAAGAACCUUGGCCUGCGCUUAUCAGCUUCCAAAGCUCAAGUCAAGAACCUGGCCUGUACCGCACUGUCUGCACAUGUAUGCAACCUGGUGCCUGCCAGCCCCAGGUGAUUAUGCUUGCUGGAGCGCAUCCUCCGUGGAAACAUUGUAAGCAAGCAGUAGGAUUUUCUGCCAACGGAGCCGGCGAUCUAUUGGCUGCCUUGUUGUUGUUAGCGGCAGUUUUCUCUCUGUGACGGUGAUUUUGGUUUAUUUAUUAUUAUAUGGUGAUUAUAUCAAUAUGAAACUCCUAGUAUACUAUACCACAAAGUACAUUGGAUCUGGUUGGCCCUUGGCUGCAACCUGUAACGACAUUUGGUUGGUUGGGUCAGUUAGUGGCAUGGAUGUUCCUUGUGUUAAACCAA